UCUCUCCUGGUGCAUUGUGGUCUGUGCUAAAGGAAGCUGCUGCACCGGAAUCCGAAGAAUUUGAGGUGUCCGCCAAGUUUAGGUUUCGUCGGCAGCUCGUCUUCCCUCUUCUGGUACAUCCAUCUUAUUCUUCACCACCCUCCCUGCUGGCACACAGUCGAUCGAGGAAAAAGGAAAAUGUCUCAGGCGGACAAAAUGAAGCAGGGACAGUUCACCAACCCAGAGACCCCAGGGUACGUUGGAUUUGCCAACCUUCCGAAUCAGGUUCAUCGCAAGUCAGUCAAGAAAGGUUUUGAGUUCACCCUUAUGGUUGUAGGUGAAUCUGGGCUUGGAAAAUCCACCUUGAUCAACAGCCUCUUCCUUACUGAUCUUUACCCUGAGAGAGUCAUCCCCGGGGCAGCAGAAAAGAUUGAGAGGACAGUUCAGAUCGAAGCAUCAACGGUGGAAAUUGAGGAGAGAGGAGUGAAGCUCCGGCUCACAGUUGUAGAUACUCCAGGAUAUGGAGAUGCCAUCAAUAGCCAAGACUGUUUUAGCACCAUUAUCGCCUACAUCGAUGACCAGUUUGAGCGCUACCUUCACGAUGAAAGUGGCCUAAACCGUAGACACAUUGUUGACAACAGAGUUCACUGCUGCUUCUACUUCAUCUCCCCUCUGGGCCAUGGCCUGAAACCUCUGGAUGUCCAGUUCAUGAAGGCCAUCCACAACAAGGUGAACGUGGUUCCCGUCAUCGCCAAGGCGGACACGCUCACCCUCAGAGAGAGGGAGAGGCUGAAGCGGAGGAUUCUUGAUGAGAUUGAUGAGCACGGUAUCAAGAUCUAUCACCUUCCUGAUGCUGAGUCAGAUGAAGAUGAAGACUUCAAAGAGCAGACCAGAAUCCUUAAGGCUAGCAUCCCAUUUGCGGUGGUGGGGUCCAACCAGCAGAUUGAGGCCAAAGGAAAGAAGGUCAGGGGCCGCCUGUACCCGUGGGGUGUGGUAGAAGUGGAGAACCCAGAACACAAUGAUUUCCUCAAGCUGCGAACCAUGCUGAUAACCCACAUGCAGGAUCUACAGGAAGUAACCCAGGACCUGCACUAUGAGAACUUCCGCUCAGAUCGCCUCAAACGGGGUGGCAGGUUGUCCUCCCAUGGUUACGUUCUGCCUCUGUCUCCUGCGAAGGCGCCGGAGCCGGAGGAGAUGGACAAGGACAUGAUUCUGCAGGAGAAGGAGGCUGAGCUGAGAAGAAUGCAGGAGAUGAUUGCUAAGAUGCAGGCCCAAAUGCUGAAUAAAGGAGAGGGAGAUGGUCAACAUGUGUAAAAACAAAAAUCACCAAACAUCUUUGGUGUUUAAGUGACUGAUUUCUACCGAAGACCAACUGACCCCUAAUGGUUGCCACUUUGUUACCUUUUAGUUCCACAUAGGACCUGAACUCAUUUCUUUACAUUUAGUUUGGUAUAUUCUGUGUUAUGUUUAUAUAUUUACACAUAAAGGUUCAUUUUUUAUUUUUUUUUUUAUCUUUUUUUUUUUUUUACUAUACUUAUAUGAAGUCAAGUCAUCCAUCUACUAAGGUGGUGGCACACGUUUUACUGGGAUGUUCUGUUACAUUUAUUUAAUUUUGAUUCAUACUGUUCAGAAAGCCAAAGUAUUGGGACAUCUGUUCAGUGGUUUGUGAAAAAUAAUUGGGAGAUCCAACUAUGGUGAGAUCUAUAGAAAAUGGCUAAACACCCACUCUUUAACCUGUUACACAGAUAUGAAAUGAAAUUUAUGGAGGACCUCUGCUGUUCAGUGUUAUUACCCAGUUUAGAAGCAUGCAGCCUUCAACCUCAUCAGGUAAAAGUUAAAGGUGAUUUUCCAGACUUUGUUGAUGUCAGGUCGACCCUGACCUAUUUUAUCCUGUAGUGCUGUUCUCAGAUCAGUGUAGCCAUAUAAAACUGCCUUUCACUGUGGUUUAGCUCUUAGCUAAACUGAGGCUUCUCAGCUCUAACAGUCUUCCUGUGCACCUGACUAUCACAGGAUGGUGCACUGAGGCGUGACGCCGGUUUGGUGCUUUAAACUAGCUGGGUGCAUUUACUCUAAGUAGCGUUUCCUUAUUUAAAGUGAAGUCAUGCAACAGUAGCAGUGAGUGGGUCCCAUGUUUGAUUAACGCAGUGAUUUGUGAUGGUAUAAGCAUGAACUUCUCCCAACUGAGAAGAACUGUGCAGUUCUGUGGUCAGAGGAUGACCCAAUGAGAUCAGUGUAGCCAAUGUUCCCCAAACCAGCCAAAAUGUGAGUUCUUGACAUUCCUCUUUGUGCUGUUUCUACCCAAGGUUUUAAGUACCAAAUAUUGUUCUUAAUGCAUAUAUUAUAUACAAACUCUUUAUUAAACUUUUAACAAUCUCA